AUGCAACACGGGAAACGGGUCAUUUUGCUAUACGCGCAGGGAGAAAGGGGAUGGGGAGAGCUGAGAAUCAGCUCCGCCUCUGCCACCACCAGCUCCUUGUCCGCCACCCCGAUUGCCGCCUCGCCCUCCCCCUCUCCCUUCGACGCGUCCUCCACCCGUCCCAUCGCCACGACCUCCCCGACCUCCGGCCCUCCCUCCUCCUCUCACUCCGCCUCUCCCUCGGCCUCUCCCUCUCCCCCGUCCUCCUCCCCUCCCGUCGCCUAUCCCAUCGCCUAUCCCAUCGCCUAUCCCUUCGCCUAUCCCAUCGCGAAAGCCUUCGCCCUGCCCACCGUCUCGCCAUCCGCCCCGACCACCGCCACGUCCUUUCACGCGCUCACCUCCGCGCUCAUCUCCGUGGCCCCCACCUCGCCCUCUGCCUCGUCCCCCUCCACGCGCUUGCCGGGGUUGCUCUGGUAUUUCUUCUUCACGACCAUGUUUCCUCGCAGCACGUUUGGCGUUCUGCAGCAUGCUUCCACGGUACAUGAUCUGCUCGAUGUCGUCAUCGUCUUCAGCUCCAUGACUGUGCGGCUGGGUAGGUACGCCACCAUCUCCGGCGUCGCCUGCAGCGCCGUUCUCUUCAUCCCAUUGGUCUUCCUCUCCCACAACUCCAUCCCCUCCCUCGCCCGCAUAUCCUUCACCCUCCUCUCCCGCAACUCCAUCCCCUCCCUCUCCCGCAUAUCCUUCACCCUCAUCUCCCGCAACUCCAUCCCCUCCCUCUCCCGCAUAUCCUUCCCCGUGCUCUCCCGCAACUCCAUCCCCUCCCUCUCCCGCAUAUCCUUCACCCUCCUCUCCCGCAACUCCAUCCCCCCCAUCGCCCGCAUAUUCUUCCCCCUCCUCUCCCGCAACUCCAUCCCCCCCCUCUCCCGCAUAUCCUUCCGCCUCCUCUCCCGCAACUCCUCCCCCCCCCUCUCCCGCGUAGCCUUCCCCCAAUUCCGCCUGAUUCAGCACCCCGUCCCCUGCGUACGCAUUUCCAUCUUCCCCAGCGUAUCCUUCACCCGCAUCUGCAAAUGCCGCCACCCCGUCCUCCGCAAACCCUUCUUCCCCUUCUGGGCCAUUCCCCAUACCCGCUCCCAUCGCGUAAACGUCUCCCGCUCCUCCCACUUGCCAAUUUUCCUCCUCUUCCGCAAACCCCUCCCCUCCUUCCAUUUCUUGUCCGAACUCCUCUCCUUCCUGAUUAAUGUACCCUGCACCUUGCCCCUCUUCGCCUCCUCCCCCCGCGUGCUUCUUAACACCUGGCAGCGUGUAGUCUCUCUUGCGGCUCUAGAGUGGAUAACCACCAUCCUACCCAUGGCUGAGGCUGAAGAUGCCGAACGCCUCCGCCGUGCAACCGAGCGCCGGGAGAAGCGUAGCCGGCGUCGCGAGGCUCGUGUGGCGGAAUGGGUGGAGGAGAUCCGCGCAAUGUUCGACGAAGAGUUUGAAGAUACCUUCCGCAUUACCCGCGAAGUUCUCGACCUCAUCGCCGAGCGAAUGGCCUACCCCAUGUCGCGUUUUGUGGAAGUGAAUGAGGUUCCCUUGUCACUGUGCUGUCUUAUCCCCAUCAAGUAUUUUGCCAGCGCCAUGACGUUCCACGAUUUGGGCCUCUUGUUUGGAUUGCCGCCAGGACUCAUCCACCGUAUCGUCGAUGCCUUCUUGGUAUGGUUUUCCCGCAAGUUCAAGCGUGACUGGGUGCAGUUUCCUACGGAGGACGUGAGGGAGGAGAUGGCGCUUGACUUCCGUGCUAUCAAGGGAGUUCCCAACGUGAUUGGGGCGAUUGACGGGACCCACAUCGAGCUACGUGGCAUGGAGGCUCACUGUGGUGACUACUACAACCGGAAGCAGGUUUACAGUGUCCAACUUCAAGUGACAUGCGACUCAAAGGGAGUCAUCUGGGAUUACAACGUGGGCAAUCCUGGUUCAAUGCAUGAUCAAGGUGUUUUCUCAACAUCUGAUUUGCAUGGCAGGCUAGAGAGUGGGGAAAUCGCCCCCUAUCGGCUUGUAGGAGAUGCGGCAUACCCGCUGAAGCCUUACAUGCUCACCCCCCUUCACGCCCCACGCCGUCGCCUGAUGAAGAAAUGGGAGCAGACAUACAACUACGUGCAGUCUGCUACCCGCAUGGUCGUCGAGCGCACCAUCGGCGCGUUGAAGGGACGCUGGCGGCUCUUCGCGCGCAGGAACGAGAGCAAGCUCUGGCGUGUAUGCGCUGGGACGGCCUGCAUCAUCAUCCUGCACAACAUGUUGCAGGUAGUUAGCACGCCGCGCAUGAAAACGCACAAUCCGCGCCGCUUUAUCUGGGCCGAGCUCCCUAACGGCUGGUGGACAAGAAGCGGCAUGGACAAGUACGAGUGGCAGAGCCUCGACAACCCUUCGCUGGCCGAUCUGCGCGCGCGCAGGCAUCACUUCGGCAAACACAUCCAUCGCGCUCACCUCAGGCGUCACCGUGUGCGGACGUCGGCGGCGACAAGGAGCUGGGUGGAGUCUUGCAGCUGUCGCACCACCGUCGCAUUGGUGGAGUUGAUGGCCUCGCUCACCAUCUUUGCGGCCGCCAUGGUGGCAGUCUCCUCAAUCUGCCGUCGUUUAGGGGGUGGAGUCACCCCGGCAUCUGUAGUGGAGGGUGUAGGGGGGGUACUUCUUCUCGAGGCCCAGGAGAGGGACAGAGGUGGGCGGACAGAGGAGAGGAGGGGUGACAGAUUCACCGCUAUGCUCCUCCUUGCUCCACCCCUGCCCUUAAUCCCCCACCCCCCUCUACCCUCCCUAUGCUUGUUUCUCAAACCAUCGGCCAGGAGAGGGACAGAGGUGGGCGGACAGAGGAGAGGAGGGGAGAGGGACAGAGGUGGGCGGACAGAGGAGAGGAGGGGCGAGGGACAGAGGUGGGCGGACAGAGGAGAGGAGGGGUGCGAGAUUCACCGCCAUGCUCCUCCUUGCUCCACCCCCGCCCUUAAUCCCCCAUCCCCCUCUACCCUCCCUAUGCUUGUCUCUCACACCAUCGGCCAGGAGAGGGACAGAGGUGGGCGGACAGAGGAGAGGGGGGGUAAGAGAUUCACCGCUAUGCUCCUCCUUGCUCCACCUCUGCCCUUAAUCCCCCACCUCCCUCUACCCUCCGUAUGCUUGUUUCUCAAACCAUCGGCCAGGAGAGGGACAGAGGUGGGCGGACAGAGGAGAGGAGGGGAGAGGGACAGAGGUGGGCGGACAGAGGAGAGGAGGGGUGAGAGAUUCACCGCCAUGCUCCUCCUUGCUCCACCCCCGCCCUUAAUCCCCCAUCCCCCUCUACCCUCCCUAUGCUUGUCUCUCACACCAUCGGCCAGGAGAGGGACAGAGGUGGGCGGACAGAGGAGAGGGGGGGAGAGGGACAGAGUAUGCUUGUUUCUCAAACCAUCGGCCAGGAGAGGGACAGAGGUGGGCGGACAGAGGAGAGGAGGGGUGAGAGAUUCACCGCUAUGCUCCUCCUUGCUCCACCCCUGCCCUUAA